CUUUCCCCUCCCUUAGACUAGUUCGCUUCCCGCAGCAUUGGGAAGCUGUCACUGCCAGUGUCCCUUCCCUUCCCAUGUGUAAGGUCUUCUCUUACACUUUCCUCUCUGUUGGGGACCAAUGAGAACAUCUCUAAAAGUCAGACAACGUCCUCCUUUUGCUCCUUUUCACGGACAGUUCUUUCCGCUUGUCUUGGGCUGAUCCGUCCGAACCAUUAUCUAUAUACGAGAUCAAGAUAUCCCCGCCCAGCGCCAGCCUUUUUCAGAUCUCCCAAACGGCCCGCUUGGAAAGCCAAUCGUUUAGAGGAUAACCCGGCCGUCUUCAGCUUUCCUUUCGCCUCUCCAAGGAUAGAAGGGUGGAUAUCACAGCAGGGCUCCAGAGAUUCUCGAACUUUUUUUUUACCUAAAACUUCCAACCAGGGGGGCGCACUCCUCAUCCCACCCUUUAUCCAUUUCCAUUUGUCCACAAACCCAGAAGCGAAACGCGAGUGUGGCGACACUUUAGGGAAAGACGAGACCGGACCGGGGAACGUCACCUAUACCUAUACCUUGCGCGUUCCCGCCGCUGCUGCUGCUUCUGAUCUUGUUGACAGGAAGUUUACCAUUGACAUUUCCUCCCAACUACGACAACACCACCACACUUUCACACAUCGCACUACACCACAGCCAGCGUAUUUUGAUUUUCUUGACGUUCUCGACAAAAUCUAAUAUCUAAUCUCCCCUCUCACCACCACCCAUCCCCUCUCCUCCCUCAAAGCCGCGAAAAUGCCCGCCAACACCCCAACAAAACAGCGCAAAAUCGCCAUUGUCGGCUCCCGCUCCGUCGGUAAAUCCUCGCUCGCGGUCCGCUACGUAGACGGGCACUUUGUUGAGUCGUACUACCCCACCAUCGAAAACACCUUUAGCAAAGAGAUUCGGUACAAGGGGCAGGACUAUUCGACGGAAAUUGUCGACACUGCGGGCCAGGAUGAGUACAGCAUCCUGAACAGCAAGCACUUUAUUGGGAUUCACGGGUACAUGCUGGUGUACUCGGUCAGCAGCCUGCCGAGCUUUGAGAUGGUGCAGGUGAUUAGGGAUAAGAUUUUGAACCAUUUGGGAACGGACUCGGUCCCCAUCUGCAUCGUGGGUAACAAGUGUGAUCUUCGUCCUGAGCAGCGACAGGUCACGCCGGAAGAGGGGAAGGCGCUUUGCGAAAAGUUCAAGUGCGCGUGGACCGAGGCGAGCGCGAGGUAUGAUGAGAAUGUAGCCAAGGCGUUUGAGCUGUUGAUUGGGCAGAUUGAGAAGACGCAGAAUCCUGGGGAGGAGGUGGGGGGGAGUAAGUGUGUUUUGAUGUGAAGGAUGGGAAGAGGGGAGAAGAGGUGGGGUAAUGGAUCGGAGAUACCCAAGAGAGAGAAGUAAGGAGAGGGGGUAAUGGACCUGGAAUGGGACACAACAACGUUUUUUUUUGUUUUGGUGAUUGGUUGCGGGGCUAGGGAGUAAAGCAGGGCAUGGUGAAAGUGUCUUGUUACUUUGCUGGUUUGCCGCUGGGUUGGUUGUCACAGUUGUGAAGUGCCCUCGUUUUCAACAGGGGCAUGUUCUCUACGUUUUUUUUUUUUGUUCACGAUUUGAUAUGCGAUGUAUGAACCGGGGGAGGUUUUACGUUUUCUUGUCUUUUCUUUUUUCAUCAUCUGUUUUCUUUUUCUCGGCCGAGGUCGGCAACGGUUAUAUGUUUCGGGAAAGGGAUGGGGAAACGAGAAACGAGGGGGCGUCGAACGGGUUUUGCGGUUGUUUGUUGAUGUCUAUUUUGUGUCAUGUUGUGUAUGAUGAAGCGGGCGGUAUAAGUCACAGGGGGUCGAUCCUACCAUGCAUAUAUCUUUCACACAAAAUAAAUAAAUCUACAACACCCUUUACGGUUGUUGUUUUUCUUUUUUUCUUCUUCGAC